AAAUUAAAAUGCAUCAACAACGGAAAGAAGAUAGAAGAGAUGCAUGAUGAUGACACCAGACCUAUCAUGGCUGCACGGUGGUGGGAGAACAGAUUGCAGGGCACCGACCUUGGUUGACUCCAAGAUACCAGCUACAACAUGAUUGACCAUGGUCUGAUAUGUGCCAUUGUGUAGAGGUGGCACGAGGAGACUUCCAGCUUCCACCUUCCAUUUGGGGAGAUGACAGUCACACUUGAUGAUGUGGCCUCUUUGUUGCAUAUCCCCAUUGACAGCAUGCUCUUAUUUGGGUCUGAUACGGGUGAUGCUCUUAUUGAGGUCGACAAGACCAAAUGUGCACAUUGCCGAUUUAGCUACCUGGAGAAGAUCUUCAAGGAGCGUUUGAAGGAGCAGAGGGAUUUGGCGGCUGAGUAUGGUGAGACUGAGGAGGUGGAGAGGUUGCGGGACCAGGUUGUCCGCAUAUAUUUGCUAUACUUGGUGGGGAUCACGAUAUUCACUAACAAGAGCCAGUGGGAUGUUGAUGUGGUCUACCUGAAGUUCUUCAGAGACCUUGAUCUUGUUUCUAGUUUUUCAUCGGAAGUUGUGGCACUAGCUCACUUGUAUAAGGAGCUCAACAAUGCUGCACGUUGGAACUGCAGUCAGGUGGCAGGAUACCUGACUUUGUUGCAGACUUGAGUGUUUCAUAACUUCCCAGGUAUAGGAAGCAAGGAUGUCUCGGAAAAUUAUGUAGAGAAUCAGUAUCCACGCGCGAUGCUUUUUUUUACCAUUGUCUGGUUUAGGCACAGUGGACCACUACAGAAACUAUCUCGAUACGUUGGAUUUGACGAGCGUUGUCAUGGCCCCAUAUGGAGUGCACCGUCAGGCACGUCAGUUUGAGCGGGUCAGCCUUUACUCUGGAUGGCCAUGACAUAUGGAGACCGCAUGAUGAGAUAUCUACCGGAGAGGGUGCUUCGUCAGUUUGGGUGGGUUCAGACCAUACCGAGACAUCCCGUUGAGAGUGCAGCUGUUGAUGUUAAUUUGGCUGAGAUCACAAACCGCUUUCUCCGUGCACUUGAUUAUGAUGACACCUCAACAGUUAGGAGAGCCUGCUGUUCAUGGUGUGGAGGCAGAAGAUGUAUAUAUCGAUUGGUUUUAUCGACAUUUCCAUCAACACAUGAUUCUUCCAAACAUGCCGGUACCGGUGCUGAGGCCACCGGAGCGUGAGAUCCUUGAUACGCGAGCUGCUCAGGAGGAUGAAGACCUUGCAUACUUACAACUUAGCAGAAGGAUGAGCCGCAUCAGAGACCACAUCUAUGCUGUGAUGAGAAGUGGUCUGGUGCCGAAAGAGACUGAGGAAUAGCAGCAUUUAGAGGACGCGUUGAAAGAGGUGCAUGAUGGGAAAGUUUACCGUCGUCGGGGAGCUACUGAUGGUGGCAGAGGUGGUGGCAGAGGUGCUGGGGGUGUAGUUAUUAGGGAUUGAUUGUAUUUUAUUUACUUUCAAUGUUUGAAUA